AGCUAGGAGCUCAAUCGAAGCCAUUCAGUGCGAGUCGAUCUCUCGAGCGCACAACACCCUCAGGAGACGAAUCGUGAAUUUAUCGUGGCGCGCGAACAAGUGCUUCUGUGUUUCAUAUUCACUAUCUCGGAAAAAAACGAACAAUUAAGAUGAACCGGAAGACGCUGGUGGCGAUUGUAUUAGCACUAACGCAAAUUGCUUCCAUAACAGCUGCCCCACAAUUCCUCACCUUCAAGGAUGGCAAAAUUGGUGUGAACUUCGGAGGUUACCAUGCCGAGGCAGGAUUGGGUGGACUGCUGACCGGAAAUGCUGCCCACGGAGGACUGUCGGCAUCCGCGGGAACUCCAUUCGGACAACAGGCUGGAGCUGGUCUCGGAGGUCUUCUGGAUGGAAACGCUCGUAGCGCGGGAGGAGCAUAUGCGGGAGCCUCUGCCGGACAUGGCGUUGGUGCUAGUGCAGCAAUCGGUGGCAGUUUAGACGAUGCUGGAGGAGCGGGCGGUACUGGUGCCGAGGCCCAUGCACCAGGAGUUCAUAAGAAAGUAGUGAAGCUUGGACAGACUAAUGGAGCUGCUCCACCGAGUGAGACAAUACUCGUUAGUGAAGUUUCCCCACAACACCACCCUGUAAAUACCAAAAAGCACGUUAUAAAAGAAAUCCACACUGACUUGGAAACACCUCUGCAAGCAGAUCAACCAGAUCAUACCGUUACCAAAACUGUUUACAAGAAGAAAUUUGUUAGCCAUCCCCAUAAAGUAACAGUAGUGGAAAGUUCGAUCGGGUCGUCACCUAACAAUAUCGACUUAAAUCGGUUUUUCGACUUCCAAGCAUUCACAAAUAUCGCUGCAGGCUAUUCGAAUUCCACUCCGCAGAAACCAUCAUCAACAAUUCUUAUUGAAAAUGAUAACCACCAAAUUCAAAAAAAGGUACAUGUCAAAACCCGAUUCGACUCUAAUGGGCAUACGGGUGGAUCAACUAUUACUUCCACAAGUUCUGGAGCCACGAUAGGUCCUAACUUUUGGAAUGAUAUAUUUAAUAUUCCAAUUUCGACUUUGACUGCAGUCAAUCAGUUUCUAAACAAUAAAUCUGGAAGUGGCAACUUGCAGGUUCGAAAGCAUGUUGAGGCGCACUGAGAAUGCAUGAUAUGAACAUAUCUUGAACAGUAACUGUGAAGAGAUUACAUACAAUAAAAUUUGAAAAUGAAUGAAAAUAAAAUUUGGCAAUUUGAAACUCA